GUUUUGAGGCAGGACAUAUAUAACGAAGAAGAAGAACUGAAGCAGUGCUUCUUCAUCAGCCAAUGGCGCCUUCUUCUUCUUCAACUUCCACUGAUCAAGCCUCUACAAAGAAGGUCAGAAAGCCUUACACCAUUACCAAAUCCAGAGAGAGCUGGUCCGACGAAGAACACGACAAGUUCCUCGAAGCUCUUCAACUAUUUGACAGAGAUUGGAAGAAAAUUGAGGAUUUUGUGGGCUCAAAAACUGUUAUUCAGAUUCGUAGCCAUGCCCAAAAGUACUUCUUGAAAGUUCAAAAGAACGGGACAACUGCACAUGUGCCUCCUCCUCGUCCUAAGCGAAAAGCUGCUCACCCUUAUCCACAAAAGGCAGCAAAAAAUGUUUUGAUGCCAUUUCCAGCAUCUAUUGCUUAUGAUUCUUCAAGAAACACCCUUUUACGUGGCUAUGCAGUAACAUGGGAUGAAAAUUCAAUGCUCAUGAAUGCUGAAUCCAAUAAACUCAUGCCCUGCCAGGAUGAGCUCAUCACAAAUCUUACUGGAAAUGAAGAUGAUAUUGGAUCAAGGGGGAUUAGAAUGCCGGCGGCUACUGAGAUGCCAAAUCAUGGAAAACAAGCUUGUGUAAUUCCUGGUUUGCCGGAUUUUGCUGAAGUUUACAGCUUUAUUGGAAGCGUUUUUGAUCCUGACACUAGAGGCCAUGUUCAUAAGCUGAAGGAAAUGGAUCCUAUAAAUUUUGAAACUGUUUUGUUGUUAAUGAAAAAUCUCACAAUCAACUUGUCUAGCCCUGACAUUGAGCCCUUUAAGAAGGCAUUGUCAUUAUAUGAUGUCAAUACAAAGACAGUUGGAAUUGAAUGUCAAGAAGCAAACAAAUGACCUAUCAUGACCCAUUUUGGUGGAUUUGUUGGCUGUGCCCAAUUUGGAUGGAAGACCGCAGUUUCACGAAGCAAGAGUCAGCAAAGAAUAAUGCACUCUCUUUGUGAAGCCUUUAUAGAUAAAAGUGACCAGACAACUAUGGCCUUUGUAGCCACGGCCAGGGGGAGAGUGUGUAAAUGAUAGAAAAUGCUGCUGAAGAUGCAAAUCCGAAAUAUUCUUCAGCAAAUACUACAUUGGAUACAUAUAUAAGCUUUUGUAGUAUUUGAUGCAUGUGGUCUUGAAGUAGACACACAUAUAUAUAGUUCUGAUUAUUAUUACUAUUUACUACUAUAAUUGAGGGUUCAAGUGUAUUUAUAUAGGCAGGGGGGAGAUGGGGGGACACCUAUUAUGAAUGUGGCUUUUCACUUCGGAAGAUGUAUAAACUUGAAGACAAAACUUGUUAUGUAUGUCUUUCUUGAUUGGGGAUAGAGAUACCAGCUUUAAGCUUUCAACUAUCAGCAUAAGUGCAUCAGAAUGGAAAGUGAUCCCAAUUUCUUCACACAUGUGAUCUGGAUUAUGUAUAGUAUAAUAAUGGCCACCAGUUUGGAAUUUCAUAUUGUUAUCGUAUAUCUAGAAACUAUACCGACAUUUUUCAAACUGGGGACCAAUACAAGAGGAGGUCUUUAGAAUGCUUAAGUUGAUAUUUUAAUUACAACCUCAAUUA